AUGGCCCAAGGGGCUGUUGCUUCUGUGCCGAUCAAUGGCACAAAUGGCGUAACACUGACAACAGAGAAUAUUCGUGAAAUUCGGGAGUACGAAAAGAUAAUUUCAUUUCGAGAUGCUGUUCUUGCAGGGACUCAUCCUCGUGUCAAAGUUCCUUCACAUAUUUUAGGAGUGGGAAAGCAGAGCAGUUUGGCUCGUAAUAAUUCAUCACCCAACACAUCAGCAGUACGCGCAAAUGCGCAAGCAGCCCUCGACUCGGCGCCAUCCUCGAAUAACCAUUCACCAGUCAAUUAUCGUGCUGCAGCGACAAUUGGUCAGCUUACAAAACAGUCUGUACCUACGAGUUCUACUAAACCUGUGAAAACCUCGGAGAUUAAUCCAAUCCUGUUGGAAAAGUCUGAUGAUCUUAUAAAGGCGGAAAUACAAUUGCAGAGGCAGAGAUUGGAAAGAGCUCUUAGGGAUCAAAUGGACCAACAUCGUCUGGCCCAGAAAGCUUUGCUUCAGACAUCUGAAUCCCUCCCCAAUUUUGAUCUUACCGAGGUCUUGCAAAAAGCUCUUGCUAUAGUUCAUCCGGCCACGGCUCCAGAAGUCGAGCCUUCGGUGGGUGCUGGAAGUGAUUCGUUUGAUGAAAAUUCUUUCUAUUCUAGUCAGCAUGAUACCCCAGAGCCAUCCAAUUCAUCGCAUAGCCACAAGCCAACCCUUAAUGGGCAAGUUCGCGGUGAGGUAUCAAUUGAAGAGCAAGCAGCACACGCUGAUCCUGCCAUCAACCAGGUUGAAGACAAUGAUGUGGUUAUGACUGGUAGUUCACUAUCCCAAAAUAAUCAUAUAGCAUCUGAGAGGCAUUCACAAUCACAGUAUCGCCCCCUAGGAAUUCAGAACAGACAUCCUGCCGAACAACAAUCUCCAAAUGGUCAUCGCGGAAAGGUUACCCAAGAACCGCCAUAUCCCAGAGGUGUGCAAAGUAGAGUAUCUGGCAUUGUUGAUCUUUCCCAGGAUAGUACAGGUUCUGAAAGCGCAGGUUCUCAACAGAUGGGUGAUCGAGUGGCCCCACCGAAGGCAUCCGAAAUAGAUGUGCAACAACCGCUGAACACCCGAGCCCAUAACCUAUCUCCCUUAGCACCACAACCUGCCCGAGUGUCACCAUUAGCUACUGCAAGAGAUCCUCCUAUCCUGCGAGAUGCCCUCCCUGUCUAUGAGGCACAGCCACCUCAGGUUGCUGCACUCCGGAAUGCGGCUCCGGGCUUAUCAAGUGCAGAGAGUUCCCCUAGUGGGCCAAAGAUUUCAGAGAAAAAGAAAGGAAAGAAGAAGAAGCGUAAGGGUAAUGAUAAUGGCCAAACCGAUACACCAGAUUCUCCAUACAUUAAAGCAGAACCUCGAUCGCCAUCUCCCUUCGCUGCUGCCACUUUGCCACGACCACAAAAGAGACAGCGACAGUCAGGUCAAUACGCGUCAGAGCUCAACUAUGAUGAGCCUAGGUAUGAGCCACUUGAAGUGAUCCCGGAAGCUGCUCCUAAAAGAUAUGAAGACGCUCGAGCUUCCGUGCGUUACGAAAGUCGAUAUACAGAUCAAUACGCAGAAAUUCGACGACCAGAGCCUGUGUAUCAACGUGUAGAGCGGGAUGACGUGGAGUAUCAAAGAGUUGAGAGUGGAGGACAGUAUACAAGAAGGCAAGCAUCUCCAGUUUAUGCUUUACCAUACUCUCGGCCAAUUAGGGAAAGCUCUCAUGCCAUCGUGGACCGACACAUUAUCGAGGAACCCAGAUUUUACACUGAAAGAGAACGACCUGUAUUGUCCAGGAUGAGUGUCCGCCCAGAUGCUGAUCGCGAGAGGUCUCGCUCGCCGAUUAUGAGAGAAAGAAGAUCGCCAAUUCCGAUGGGACCUCCACGCCAGUCUGUUAGGAUUAUUGUUGAUGCAUAUGGUCGUGAGUAUAUUGAUCCUACACCUGCACCUUCCAUGCGUCAGUCAGUUGCACCAAUUGCCAGGCGACAUGACGAUGGAGAGCUUUAUUAUGAGCGCGCCCCUGUAAGAACAAUGUCUACACGCCCACCGGUAGAAACAUUUGAAGAGGAUGGAGUCUUGUACAGGAGAGCUUCCCCCAUCCUUGCUCCUCCACGACGUGUCAUCGCACAACCAGAGUACGCACAACCAGACUAUCGUUCAUAUCGCGAACGGGAAUACUCCGUUCGCCCAACCGCAAUGGGACCACCAGGCGAAGAAUAUGUUAGGGUCAGAGCUCAACCCGAACGUCGUCAAGUUAGCCAUUACGACGAAGCCCCUCGAGAGUAUAUUCCCCGACCUCAAAGCGUUCGACCAGAAGCUAUCAGGUACGAGGUACCAAGAGAAUAUGUCGGAAGACUUUCGAGUGUUCGGCCUGAGGCCCCUCUAAGGGAAUAUCCCGAAGUUCGUCGCGAAGUUAUGGCCCCUCCGCGUCGGGAGUUUAGCGUCCGUCCUACGGAAAUCAUUCCACGUAGUCAUCAACCGACAGCGGUAGACGGAGAGAGAUAUUACGAGGUGGAGAAUCAGAGGCCGGCUAUAAUUGAGCGGCCUCGGGAAAGAGAGGGGUCAGUGUUUGUUUAUGCGGAUGAUGUUCCAAGGAAAGUGUACCGUUGA